GAACAGUGGUUAGAAGCGACGGUGCCGGAGGCAAUCCUUCUCCUUGUUGUCAGUGUCACAGUCACGUGGUGAGGCUGGCGUGGGGUAGCGGCGGCGGCGGCGGCGGCGGCAUCAACAACAUCCUGGGGCAGCUCUGUUAGUCUGGCAACUCACCCGUCUCCCGGGCGUGCUAUGAAACCGGCGGGCGCUCUGCUUGUGGUCGUCGCGGCGCUGGGAAUUGCGCCUCCCUGUACAGGGUUAACAUGCUUGGAGCAACCUCGGAAUGUUACUGUCUACGUUGUAAAUACAAACAUCACUCUGAAAUGGGUCUGGGAUAAUCCAUGUGACCUCAAUGUGACCUUUUCAGUUCAGUACCAAGAAGAAUCAGGCAGUAAAGAGAGAAACCGUGAAAGUUGGUCACUUAUUUCUGAGUGUCAAAAUGUAAGAAUCACAGAAUGUGACCUUUCGUCAGCAUUAUCAGAAGAUCGUGAUUAUAAUGUGAGCAUAAGAGCAUCUACAGGAGAAGAUCAGUCUCCCUGGGCCUCCUUAAUAUUUUGUCCUUAUUUGGAAGCCCAGAUUGGUCCUCCGGGAGUUCAGUUAGAAUCAAUAUAUGGUGGAGAUGUGAAAAUCACUAUCUUUCAUCCUGAAGCAAACCAGCAAAGAAGAAUGUGGGAACUCAGUUCUUUAAGAUACAAGCUAACACUCUGGAAAAACUCGUCCUAUCCUGAGGAAAAAAAACAGGAUGUUUUUUCAGGAGAAACCAUUCCGGACCUUGAGCCAGAGACAAUUUACUGCUUGAAAGUUAAGGCACAUCAGUUUGAUCGCAUUGCUUUAUAUAGUCCAAACACCUGUAUACAGACACAGAAAGCUUGGGCUGGUCUGCCUCGUCCUAAAAAUCUUCGACUUCAUGCCUUGAAUAUGAACUUCAUUUUGCAUUGGGAUAAUAUAUAUGAUGUAAAUGUGAGCUUCGUGGUACAGUGGCUCAGCAAAUAUGAAGCAGAGAGGUCUCCAGACAUCUCGGAGAACUGGCUCAAUGUAUCUGGAUGUGAAAACAUUCCAACCACAUACUGUGAUGUCUCACGUUCCAUCUCCUUCAUUGGAAUUUACUAUCUUCGGGUACAGGCUCUGAAUAGCCAUAAUAAAUCACCUUGGUCUAAAAUGCUAAAAUUUGAGCCUAGAGAAGACAUUGAACUGGGUCCACCAAGCGUCAAGGUUAACGCCACUGAAAAUUCACUUAAUAUUUUCAUUGCUUCUCCUGGAGAAUCUGAAAAUACUCCAAUGAGUAAAGAGUAUUCAUUGACAUACCGAGUUUGGUACUGGACAAAUUCUUCAUAUGCCAAGAAGAAACGUGAAGAUAAACCAAUGCAAUUUACAAUAUCAGGCCUGAACCCUUCCACUUUAUACUGCCUGCAAGUACAAGCAUUUGCUCAAGCGUAUAAUAAAAAUAGUGAGUUUAGCAAUGUGACAUGCAUUGAAACCACCAAAGGAGAAUCUUCAUAUCAGCUCAUUAUUGUAGUAUUGGGAAUUAUUCUGGCUGUUGGUGCUUUUGUAGCAAUCUUAGCUGGCAGCAUUUAUUGUAUCUGGAGGCAGAUCAAAUAUGCAUUCUUUCCAUCAUGCCAUCCUCCAAUGAUCAUAGAGAGCAUUGGAGGAAAGUAUUUGAACAGUUCCUACCUGUUAACUUCAGAAGAGCCAACAGAAGACUGUGUAGUCAUCACCGACAAUAGUAUUCCAAAUGGAGUUGACUUGCCUGACUUUAAAGACCCCAAAGAAUUGGAAGAGAUCAGCCAAGACUCGGGAAACUAUUCCAAUGAGGAUGGUAUCUCUAGAACUAAAGAGUACCAUAUAACCCAAGAACAGAAAGCAGUAUGACUCUGUAAAAUAAUGGGUAGAAGCCAUAAGAUGAGAGGCAGAAUAACUGACUCCUUGCAAUUUAUUACUGCUGUUACCUUCCAUAUAAGAGAGACUUUGUGCCAAGAAGUGACCUGCCAAUGGCUCUUGCUCCAUAGGUUGUUUUGUGUAUUGCUAUUGGAAAAAUACUUCAAGUAUAGACAAUAAAUCUUACUUGAUUUCUCUAUCUAAAACAUCAUGGGAAAAUGUUUGUCAUCAUUUUGACUGGAAAUUGGUGCUUAAAUGGCAGUUUACAUGUGUGUGUGUCCAUCCUGAGACAACUGUAAAUCUAGGCUUUACUAGCAUGGAUGCUCUGUUGUUAAAGUAUUAAAUAUUUCAACAAGCCUUUUAAGUAGAGAUCUUAUCCCAGUCUGCACCUGUGUUUGAAUUGCUUUUCAAUAAGUUUUAAAAGAUUUUUUUUAAAAAAUAUAAUUUUAAAGAUGUUUUGUUUUACUAUAUUUCACAGUUGUUUUUAUGAUGUUUCAGAGUGUUUUUAGUGCUUUUGUUUGCUGCCCAGGGCUCCUACUGGGAGAAGGGGCAGGAUAUAAAUCUAAUAAAUAAAGUACAGUGAAGAUUACUGAUUUCCGAUAGGGUACAUCCAAGUAUAACAUAGGCCAACACUGACUGCAACAGCUUCCAAAAAGAACUGACAGAAAGGUCUCUGCAGCUUUUCACAAGGAGGAAAGAACUUAUAGACUAACCAAAUGUAUACCAGCAUUGAUUGUGCUUUUCUGACAGUGUUGAUGGUUUUAAGUGAUUGACAGAGUUCAGUUUUAUCACAAUGUCAUAGAUGUCUUCUGUGUGUUGUCUUUCAUUGUUAAUGGAACUUUAUGCAAGACCGCAUACAGUUCAGCCAAGAUUAGUUUAUACCAAGUCUUAGAGAUGGAUAAAGGGUUUCAUCCAAAUUGAAUGCUUUGGAGAUCUUAAAUAAGUGAAAGCUGAUAUAAGCAAAGGCUUGGUUAGUUUUUCUCUCAGUGGUGGUGGCACCUACUAUACUGAAUAGCCUCCACUCAGAAAUAGGCAUUCACCCACAUGUAUUAUGUGUCUGACAUGUUAAAAACCUAUUUUGCUCCCUGGCUAUUAAUACUGAUUUGGCACACCGAAUGUAUCAUAUUGAAUUUCUGUGGUUUGGGGUUUUUUAUUGUGUUUUACUAUUUUUGUACAUUGCAUUGGAUUUAUUUUAGUAUAAAGCAGUAUAUAAGCAUUUUAAAAUAAAUAAAAAUUAUUACUGA